AUGGAGUCCUAUGUGGUGAGCUGUAAAUAUGCUGAGCCGCAGUUCCCGCCUUGUGAAGAAGAUUAUAGUAAUUUUGGUAACCAAGUGGGGUAUUACAACAACUCCCAGGACAGUGGUAGUUAUGGAGGGGGUUAUCAGUCCGUGCAGCCCCCUCCACCUCCAUACACACCACAACAAACCGGCUAUCAACCCUCUGUGCAGGGGCAUCACCGGGAGGAUGGAGAGGUCCAGUCGCAGCACCAAGGUGCGCCCUUCCCCGGCUACAGAGAGACAAACGCACCCGGUAGUAAGGAGAGGUUCUCCGUGGGUGACAUGCAGUGCCAGGCCUGGAUGACCUGUACAAAGUCCGCUCAGGUGCAGAGAAAAACGGCAUGCCAGGGGAAAGACAAGCCGCCUAUUGUUGUCUACCCGUGGAUGAAGAAAGUGCACAUCGCUCAUGUCAAUCCGAACCAUGUGGGCCCGGAGCCAAAGCGGCUACGGACAGCCUACACGCGCCAGCAGGUUCUGGAGCUCGAGAAGGAGUUUCAUUUUAGUCGGUACCUCACGCGCCGCCGCCGUGUUGAGGUAGCCCACGCGCUCUGCCUGUCCGAGCGGCAGGUGAAGGUGUGGUUCCAGAACCGGCGCAUGCGCUGGAAGAAAGACAACAAGCUACCGAACACCAAAGGAAGGAGCAAAAACAAGAAAACAACGGACGACAACAACAACAGCAGCAGCAGCAGCAGCAGCAGCAGCGACAGUGAUGUGAGGGCGGUGAUAACUGUCUGAACACGGACUUUGGCUGAGGCAGCCACGUUAGCACCUUCACUCUCCAAAACUGAUGUUGCUUAACUGAUCCAGGGUGACUGCAGUCCUGAAACAACUCUAAACUGCUUUAAAAUUCGAGGCCAUCCAUCUAUAGGCCUAAAUAAGGCUUUAUAAAUUCAUUAAUGUAUUUUGCCUAAUAUUUUAACGUUUACUUUUAAGUGUUUUUAAUAUUUUUCUGUUGUGUAGAGGUUACAUCCUAUUCCAGUCUGAUAUUUAAUUCAUUACUGAAUGUUUUUGAGUCUUACAUUUAGGUAAACUACAAGGUUGUAGAUGGUCUGACACCUCUCUGGUGAAAUUAGGGAGAUGUUUCAUAUUUAGACAUCUGAUGUUAAAGGCGCUCCACCGUGAGGAGAGAUAGCGUGUUUUGGAGAAAACAGGGUUUUAUUUCUACAGGGUAAACAUAAUACAGGGUUUUAUUAUAGCUACUUAAAAGAUGAAAUAGUCGAAUAUGCACAUGACCAAAUGUUGUUUCCACCAACUGGCGCUUACACGGGCAAAACAAUAAACAGAAGAAAGCCAAAUUGCUCGGCGGCUGACUUGCAGAAUGGUUGGACAAAUAAUGUUUUAGCUUUUAUUUUGUACAUAGGAGCAUCCAAAAAUAAUGCAUAUUUAGGAUAAGUAGCCAUAUAGUGCGGAAUUUUUAUAUCCAAAAGGUGAAUAAACUUUUGAAUAUUUUAGGGGAAGUGUCAUAUUUGUACACAGGGGAAAUAAAGAAAAUAAAAAAAAGGUACCGGUUUUUAAUGCACGACGCUGACUGUAAAUCCAACUUAUUUUCUCAGGGUUACAGGGUUUUAACGAAAGGAACUUUUUGAAACGUUUGUCUGAUUCAGCACCGAGAGGUUUUAAAUAGUGAUCUCUGAAACAGCAUACUUUCGCAUUUUCACAGAAUAUGUUCUCUCUUUGAGUCCAGUUUAAUAUGCUAUUGAUUUCUAUUAUAGCCUAUACGCCAGUACUUAUUUUUAUUUGUAUUAUUUAGAAGCAUAUUUUAUUCUUUGUAGCAAGCAUCUUCUCUGUUCUUUUGUGAAUGUGUUCAUCUUUGAAAAACAAAAGAAACAUUCUCUUUGUGUAAGAACUUUAUAUGUGGAAAUGUUUUGAUAAAAAACACUUAGAUGAUAAAAAUUAAAAAAUAUUUCAAGCUGCAAAACUGCAAAUAUUUUUUCUCAUCUCUCUCUAGCACACAUACGCACAAAUACACAGUAAGUAGCCUGUGGCUUUUUCUAAGGGAUGUUGAGAGGAUCAACGGAAGUGACGCGAAAAUUACUCCAAAGAUGGUUUGUGAAUGAAAGACGAAAACUUAAAGCGCUCAGCAUAAUGAUUCCCCUUAUUAUGAAAGUAAUGCACAUAAACUUUAACAGAGCAAUCGUCUGUACCAAACACGAUAUUUGUUACAAUCAUAAUUUAACGGAGCGUGAAGUCACUUGAGUUGAGCCAGUGCACAUCCCUAGUCCGCGAUGUCUCAACUGAGAAGAUUUUUAAAAGUAAGGAUUUUCUCCUGUGGGAGGAUUUAUAAAUGUGCUCCUAAUUCUUCCGUGGAUAAACGGCGAUCCUUAACGUUUAAUCAUUAGAGCGACAGCUUGUUUUAACUGUUGUCUUGAGAUUUAGUAGCCUAAAAGACCCGGUGGUGGAGGCAGAUGUUUCUGCACAAAAGUUGUUGUUGCGCACAAGUCGAUGGAAUGUCAAAUGUUAAAAUAUGUGACUGUGGUUUAGUAGACUUUAAUAUUGCCUGAAAUGGCAGACAUGAAUUGUAGUCUGCUUUACAUAUCAGCGUCUUUGUAUAGUUAAAAAACGCAUUGUUUACGCACAGCGCAAGGACGUCAUGGACUACUUCAGGUGAAAGAAAUACACUCGUUCUGUGUGUGUGUGUGUGUCUGUGUGUGAGUGGUGAAAUGUAAGGGAAAUGAGAGGCAUUAAUUGGUGGCUUCCGGUCGAGAAGCGGUAAGUGUGCAGGGAAGGCACAGCGGGGCUGACCAACUGAGGGACACUCAACUUGUGGGGAAUUCAGUAAACCACUAAACGACAACAGACCCUUUUAUAAGUACAGAAUCAGUAAAAGAAAAUAAAACAUAUCGGUAUAUGCUCAGUGACAAUUUGUUCUUUUUAUGUCCAUUUAAAUGGACAAAAGACUAGUACAGCAGUGCAUCUCUGGAGAUUCCCAGGGUGCAAAAUAGGCUUUAUUUCUACUGAAUACAAUUUAACCUAAUGUCCCACUAAUGGUUUACUGUGCAUUGUGCUUUUUGUAUUGUAAACAUCUCUAAACAUAUUUUGUAAUGCCCGAGAUGUAUGCGUUUGUGCUUGGUGAAACGUUAUGCAUGUAAUCUGCCUUUCUGCAGUAUGACUGUGGUGAGGCAGGAACGCCCCCGACUGGUUACAUUAAGUACUAGCCUGAGAGAGAGAGAGAGAGAGAGAGAGAGAGAGAGAGAGAGAGAGAGAUCCAUCAUGUUGAGAUGUUCUCAAAAAAAAUUCCAUGGCAAAGUUUUGGAUUGGCUAUACAGUCCUCAUGGAUUAGGAAAAUGUGAGAUGUAAUGAGAUUGCAUUAACACUGAUUGGCAUAACGUCAAGAAGUGACAAUGAAAGGAACACAUGCAAGUAUGGAAACAAACCGGCAAUACAAACUUCCGUGUGCAAAGCUUUUCAUGUUCAGUUGUUGUUUGACUGUGUCAAAAUUGAUUCAACACUAGCUCUACUGACACUUUUUUGUCCACCCGUGUACAGUGUCACCGCCCAUCAGACUAUAGAGAAAGCCGCACUACACCUACAGACAGGUUUGUUUUUUAUGACAGACUGGGAUAUUUCACACACAGCGACUGCGCCAUACAGUUGUCGUCUCCAGCUCAAGCGUAAAGCGGAACUAAAAUCGGAGUUACAUUGAUCCACGGGACGUUAAUCGCCGGCGGACUAGUCGAUGACUGCAGAGCAGGCACUUGCCCUUAAACUUGCAUGCAGUGGAAUUGACCUCAUCUGCUAUUAUAAUUAUUAAUUAGCAAUAAAGGAUAUUACAACAUCGCAA